AUGACUUCCCCUUCACGCCUGUAAAUCGAAUAAGCACUUGAACUUGAGAAACAAUUUGAAGAUGGUGAUACUUAAUACGAACAGAUAACUGAAUUAGCACUUAUCUAUAGAUAGUUCAUCGAAUACUAUGAUUUGAAUAACAAUCCAAUGAAAUAAUACUUUAUAGAAAAGAUGAAGCGUUUAAUGCAAUCACCUUGCACUAUGCAAACCUUGAUUGUUUCAGCCCCAAGUACAAGGCGUAAUUCACCUACUGGUCAAGAGAAUCUAAAACAUUAUUAUCAGAAUUAUCAAUAUGAAACUAUGAAAAACCAAACUAUUACUCCUAGAGGGAUUAAAUAAUUACAAAAUGACUUUUUGUAUUAGAAGGAGAAUAUUGAAAAGAUAAUAAAUAAUGAUUAUGCCAAAUAGUUGUAGUAAGUAACGGAAAAAUUAUAGUAACGAAAAUAGAAAAAGGGUCCUAGUAGAAAGUCUCCAAACAGAACCUUCACCAAAAUUUAUAAGCCUCCGACUCUAGACAUGCUUGAUUUAUGA